AUGGUCACCACGGUUUAUGGUAGCCCGGAGAGAUCAAAGCGGAUGACCCUCUGGAACGAUCUUAAUAAUGUCCCUUCUUCGGACUCGACCCCCUGGAUUUUAGCAGGGAACUUUAAUGCCAUUCUCUUUGGGAAUGAGAAAUCUAGUGGAGCUCGCAGGGGGUGGGGUGUAGUCGCUUUCUUAAUUUCCUCAAUCAGUAUAAUCUUAUGGAUCUCGGCUUCAAAGGGCCUCAAUUUACUUGGACUCGCGGGGUUGUUUUUGAAAGGCUCGAUUCUGUCUGGACGAAGCAUCCGAAUUUUAACUCUUUCAUUUGGGACUCUUGGAAGUUCGAGGUGGAACAUUAGCAGUCCUAUUUGCACUGAAGCACUUAAGAAUUGGAAUAAAGAGGUCUAUAUGGGCAUAUUAUCCAGAAGAAAAAGGAAGCUUAAAGGCGAGAUUGCUAAGGUCCAAGCCAACAUGGAUGCUUUGGGCACUAAUCACCUUAUGGCUAAGGAACUUGAGCUUCGGGCUGAGUUGGAGGAGACCCUCGACCACGAGGAAAUGCUUUGGAAACAAAAAUCUGGGAGUAUGUGGCUUCUCGAGGGGGACUGUGAUAAGAAGUACUUCCAUAGUCGAGCUCUCACUAGGCGUAAACGUAACAGAAUUCAAGCUCUUAAAAUCAGCAGUGGCGAAUGGUGCUAUGAUGAGAAGCUUCUUCUUUCUUUGAGAAUCUUUUCCGUAAGGAGGGCUGUAGUAGUGGUCGUUUUCCUAUCAAAGGUGCUUUUCCCCGUCUUUCUACUGAAGACUCCUACAUGUUUAAUGCCCCGGUUACUAAUGAGGAGAUUAAGUCUACCCUUUCUGACAUGA